AUGGCACCAUACACUACACUAUGGCUCCCCAGGUACCACAGAGGUUCCGCUCUGUCUCCCCCCCGUAUCCCUUUCAGACCACGCUGGCCUCUACUUAAAGCGACUCGUCGCCCACUGAACAACUGGCCUUUCCACACACUUCACGCUGACUCAUACUCUCCUGCCGGUCUGGUCUCCGGUGCCGAUCGUGAUGAUAACGUCGUUUCCAUCUUGAUCUCAGACACACAUCUUCUUGUUUCACGUCCGGCACCGGUUAUCCAUUUGACCUUGUCAACAAUGGCGGACACUAUCAACCCGAUGGACACUUUGCCCACCUCCCCAGAUCGGGAGCUCUACUCCGUCUCCCCCGCAGAUACAUCACUGGACUCACCCGAGCCCGAAGAUGAUAUCAAGGAAGAGGAUGACGAGAAGAAGCCCACAAAGAAAAGAAAGUCAUGGGGACAAGAACUCCCCACCCCCAAAACAAACCUCCCCCCUCGCAAACGCGCCAAGACAGACGAUGAGAAGGAGCAGCGUCGGAUAGAACGGGUUCUCCGGAAUCGCGCGGCAGCUCAAACAUCCCGAGAGCGCAAGCGCCUGGAGAUGGAGAAGCUGGAGACCGAGAAGAUUCGCAUGGAGCAACAGAACCAGUUCUUGAUCCAGCGUCUCUCCCAAAUGGAGACGGAGAACAACCGCCUGAGCCAACAAGUGGCCCAGCUCUCCGCCGAGGUCCGUGGGUCGCGCAGUGUGACCCCCAAGGCCAGCUCCCCCGCCAUCGAAUCCCCAACUCUCACCCCCACUCUCUUCAAACAAGAAGGCGAUGAACUCCCCAUGGAGCGCAUCCCCUUCCCCACCCCCUCCGCCACCGACUACUCCCCCACUCUUAAGCCCUCCACUCUGGCUGAGGCCUCCGACGUGACACAACAUCCUGCCGCGGUGUUGUGCGACCUGCAGUCUCCUCUUUCUGACGAUGACUUCCGCCGCCUGUUCCACGGUGAUUCACCCGCUGAGCCAAAUUCUUCUUUCCCUGAAGACGGGUUCGCCUUUGACGUUCUCGACGGAGGAGAUCUAUCGGCAUUUCCCUUUGAUUCUAUGGUUGAUUUCGACCCCGAGUCUGUCGUCCUCGAAGGCGUCACCGGUCUUUCGGAUGAGACUUCUCACCAGACUGUUAGCUUGCAGCCCAGCCAUGGCGCGUCCACUUCGCGAUGCGACGGGCAGAGCAUUGCAGCAAGCGGUUAG